AGCUUUCCUUGUCACAUACGAAACAGCAUAUAUUAUGAGCAAAACCUCACACCGAUCCUCUCAAUCAAAGGGUCGAAUGCAAACAACUCAACCAUUCCCCACACCCCCUUUCCUUUCUCUUCUCUUCUCUUCCAUUACCAUGCUCAAUUAUCACACUUCAUCACUCUCUCAUUGCAGAAAAUAACUCUCUCUCUCUCUCUCUCUCUCUCUCUCUCUCUCUGUAAUAACAACAACUCAACUCAGUCACUCACCCAAGCUGGACAUGCUGGACUCCGUGCUUCUGGCGCUUUUCCUGCCCUGCCUCGGCAUGAGCGCCGUGUUCAUAGUCUACAUGUGUCUUCUAUGGUACGCCACCACCCACCACAACGACAACGGGCUACCGGCCAAGCCCGUCUCCGGCACCGGCCUCUCCCCCUCCCAGCUCGACAAGCUCCCCAGAAUUACCGGAAAAGACCUGGUCUUGGGAAGCGAAUGCGCCGUCUGCCUCGACGAGAUCGGGGCGGAGCAACCGGCGCGAGUGGUUCCCGGUUGCAACCACGGCUUCCACUUGGAAUGCGCCGACACGUGGCUCACCAAGCACCCGCUGUGCCCUCUCUGCAGAGCCAAACUCGACCCCGCGUUCUUCUCUUCCUCUGAAAAUCCAUGCUAAAGAGCCCAAACGUGUUUUUGUUUCUGUUUCUUUAAUUAGAUUCUGUACAGUUUCUUGUUGUCGUCUUUUUCUGGAUUCGCAUUCUUCACUUCAAUCUACUGCGUUUCUUUCUUCCA